CUCAAUUUCCCCCGACUUCACCUUCGAAACGGACGCCAAUUUUGCUCUACGUUGCUUUUUGGGCGACAGAAGUCUCUGAAACUCGUUACCCUUCAUUAUGGCCGAAACAAUCGAGUCUUCUACUGAUGUGCUGAUCAUCGGGGCAGGCCCAUCGGGGCUGAUGGCGGCCUACUGGAUGGCGCGCUGUGGCGUUGGUGCUCGCGUCAUCGACAAGAAAGGGACCAAGGUCUUCAGAGGCCAUGCAGAUGGACUCAGGAGCCGAACCCUGGAAUUGCUCGACAGUAUUGGCGUUGCCCAGCGAGUCCUCCAAGAAGGUCAUGAAGUGUUUAGUAUGACGUCUUGGGGGCCUGAUGAGAACGGAAAACUGUGCCGCCAAGUUACCACGGACUUGGAACCUAGUCCACCAUACGCUAUCGCUGCGCUGAGCCAGGGUCGUAUCGAGCGUUUCCUCUUAGACGCCAUCGCAGAACAUUCUAACCUCGAAGUGGAGAUGGGCGUCAUCGGCGAGUCGUUGGAAUAUGAUGAAGGACUUGAGAGCGACCCACAAGCGUAUCCUAUUACGCUCAAGCUGAGAACACUUAGUGAGGAAGAAGCUUCCCCAGCGCCGGCUCACGGUGUCUCGGACAGGUCUCUCAAUCAUGCGGUGGAAGGUGAUGAUCAGAAGGACACGAUCCAGCGUCGCAAGCACAAGUUUGGGACGGUCGAGACGCUCAAGGCCAAAUAUGUGAUUGGCUGCGAUGGAGCGCACAGUUGGACUAGGAAGCAGCUCAAUAUCCCCUUCGAAGGCUCGACCACAGAUCACAUAUGGGGAGUUAUCGACAUCGUUCCCAUCACUAACUACCCGGAUAUACGUCGGAUUGGAAGUCUAACCAAUGCAUCAGGCACAGUCCUCAUCGUGCCAAGGGAAAAGAACCUGGUCCGGUUUUAUGUACCAUUGCAGGAGGAAGACGAGGUUUCCCAGAAGUUCGAUCGGUUGGCAGUGACCCUAGAAGCAGUCCGACUAAGAGUGAAGAAGAUAAUGAGUCCUUUCUAUUUCGACUUCGAUGUUUGUGAUUGGUGGACCGUAUACCAGGUCGGUCGGAGAAUUGCACAAACGAAUGCGAAGGGCCGCGUAUAUCUGGCUGGAGAUGCGGUUCAUACUCACUCGCCUAAGGUGGGCAUGGGCUUAAAUAUGAGCAUGCAGGACGGAUUCAACAUUGGGUGGAAGGUCGCCCUUGUUGCAAAGGGACUCGCAAAGCCCUCAAUCCUCGAUACGUACAAGUCCGAGCGUUACCCCUUGGCCGAAAUGCUCCUUGAUUUUGACCGUCAAUGGUCUGCACUUUUCUUACAGCAGGAACGGCAAAAGAGUCACGCAGCCCCGGUGGCACAAGAGACAUUGAUAGCGAUGAGGGACGUUCUGCGCAAGACAGAGCAUUUCUCUCAGGGCCACACUUCGUAUUACCGCGAGAGUCCAUUAGUCUGCAAGCAGUCAAAGGCAGUAGCCCAACACCUUACCCCCGGCGAGAAACUUGUUCCGGUGAGACUUCGAAGUCAAGCCAAUGGCCUGCCUUCGUGGACCACGAAGAUGCUGGAGAGUGACGGGCGCUUCCGGAUCCUGCUUCUAGCUGGAGACGUGCGAUCAAGGGCACAAGCAAGUCGUGUAUGGACAUGCGGCGAUGAAUUGGCUCGUCUGCUCAGGCAAUUCACCCCGGCCAAAAACAAGCUUGACUCAAUCAUCGAUGUCAAAGCAAUCCACAGCGCACCCUUCGGGGAUGUAGAGUUGGAUAUGUUUCCCAGUGUUGUGUACCACUUUGAUGAGAAUGAGGGCUGCGACCUUACCAAGGUAUGGAGUGAUAGUGCAUGUAAUUGGGGCCAACAAUCCGACGGUAAAGGAUACGAAACCUGGGGAGUGGAUCGAUUGAGGGGAGGUUUGAUUGCCAUGCGGCCCGAUCAAUAUAUUGGAUGGAUGGGGGAGUUGGAGGAUGUUGCUGAUUUGGCUCACUACUUCCAGGGGAUAUUUGUGAAGAGUGAGGUCCGCCCCAUGCUGUAAGCAGUUUUCAUGAAGUCGUGCGAGUAAUUGACCAAACGGCUUGCAUACGGGCUCAGGC